GCACACAACCUACCGCAUUGUUGUUGGGGGAAGAGAAGCUCGGGCGACCGCUGAGCUCAACGACUUCUGACGGCUUCUAAACAGUCCAGUCGACCCAAAUUUUCUUCCGUCAGCGUGUAACACCCGGAACCAGCUCUGGAUCGCCCUGGAUCCCUGUCGAGCAGCCUCAGGUUUUACUCGGUUCAGCGCGAGCCGCCGUUGGACGACCGGACUGAAUGUGGAUUUAACUACCGCUUCGCUCCGAAGGCCGCGCCGCCAUUGCUGCUGUUUUUAUAAGCUGAAUUCGUGAAAAUACUGAGGUCUCCAAUAACUUCAAUAUGAAGAAAAAAGCUCGAAAUCAGCGUCUGUCAAUGCUGAAAAGGGAGUCGUCUCCCAUCAAGCCGUCUCCCAACCGAGAGACCUUGACGUACGCACAGGCUCAGAGGAUGGUGGAACUAGAGGUGGACGGCCGCGUGCACCGGCUGAGCAUCUAUGACAAACUGGACGUUAUAUCUGAUGAUGACCCCACGGCUCAGGAGAUCAUGGAGUGCAACAGCAACAAGGAGAACAACGAGAAGCCCCAGCAGGUCCUGGUGCGCUCUGUGCGCCUUAAAAACAAUCAACAGAAGAAGAACGCAGCACUCAUAGCCUCACACGGAGGCAGCGGCACUCAUAGUAGUACCAGUGGCCUGUUGGAGCCAAAGGUUAAAAUAGUUGAAUACAAUCUGCCGGUAGUUCCGAAGAGGCCGGUGCCGUAUUACAAAUACACAGAGAAGAUGGCAGAGGACCUAGAUGAGGAGGUGGAAUAUGACAUGGACGAGGAAGACUAUGCCUGGCUAGAAAACAUCAACGAGAAGAGGAAGAGCGAGGGCAUCAGUCAGGUGUCGCACAACCUGUUUGAGUUUCUCAUGGACCGCUUUGAGAAAGAAUCCUAUUUAGCCACUCAGGGUCAGAGCGACAUGCAGUCACUGGUGGAUGAGGAUGCUGUUUGCUGCAUCUGCAUGGACGGAGAUGGUGCAGACAGUAACGUCAUCCUCUUCUGUGACUCCUGCAACAUUGCUGUUCAUCAGGAGUGCUACGGUGUUCCUUACAUCCCAGAGGGCCAGUGGUUGUGUCGUCACUGCCUUCAGUGUCCGUCACGACCGGCUGAGUGUGUCUUCUGCCCUAAUAGAGGUGGAGCUCUGAAGAAGACGGACGAUGAGCGCUGGGGCCAUGUAGCGUGUGCUCUGUGGGUCCCUGAGGUUGGCUUCUCUGACACGGUUUUUAUCGAGCCCAUUGAUGGCAUUCGUAAUAUCCCACCAGCACGAUGGAAGCUCACUUGCUACCUGUGCAAGGAGAAAGGCGUGGGCGCGUGCAUCCAGUGUGACAAAAUCAACUGUUACACCGCCUUCCACGUCAGCUGCGCUCAGAAAGCUGGUCUCUACAUGAAGAUGGAGCCUGUCAAAGAGGUAACAUCGUCCGGUGCCGCCACCUUCUCUGUGAAAAAGACGGCCUACUGCUGCAGCCACACGCCGGAUGGUUGCGACCGCUGGCCACUCAACAUCUACGAGGAACCACAUCGGAAAAAUGGAGCCUGCCACAAGAGGACCGACAAGAGGGGGAAGGCCCGGGCCAGAAGUUGUCAGAAGAAGAAGAGUAAGAGAGUGGAGCCUGCUUCAGAACCAGAACCUGAGGCAAACACCAACUCUGGGCCCAGCAUCACUGCUUCAAGCUUCGAUACCAUUCUGAACCAGGUGGCAGUUCAAAGGAAGCGUCCAUUCGUCGAGCGAGUGCUGAGCUACUGGGUUCUGAAGAGGCAGUCGAGGAACAACGUGCCGCUCAUCCGCCGGUUGCAGGCGACCCCUCAGCCGCCCAAAGCCAAGCAGAUGGACCGUGUGGAGACAAACCAGGCACUGAAAGAACAGCUGAAGGAGUGGCAUCGUCUUCGCCAUGACCUGGAGCGAGCUCGUCUUCUUCUAGAGCUCAUCAGGAAAAGAGAGAAGCUGAAGAGGGAGGAGAUGAAGCUGCAACAGUCGGUGCUGGAGGUACAGCUGACCCCAUUCAAUAUUCUGCUGAGAGCUGUGCUCAGUCAGCUACAGGAAAAGGACCAGUAUAGCAUCUUUGCUCAGCCUGUCAGCAUCAAGGAGGUUCCUGAUUAUCUGGACCACAUCAAACACCCAAUGGACUAUUCUACCAUGAGAAAACGCAUUGACGCUCAUAAUUAUAGAAGCCUGGAGGAGUUUGAAGCCGACUUCAACCUCAUAAUUUCCAACUGCAUGACCUACAACGCCAAGGACACAUUCUUCUACAAGGCAGCUCAACGGAUGCAGGACCACGGAGGAUCCAUCCUCCGCAGGGCCCGUCGCGAGGCUGAGAGGAUAGGCUUUGACUUCCCCAGCGGGCUGCAUCAGCACGAAGCCCCAAAGUUGGAGGCCCCUCCCCCCUUCUCUUGGGACGAUGUGGACCGCCUGCUGACCCCCGCCUACCGCCAGCUAACCCCUCUCGAGGAUCAGCUGAAGGAGCUGCUGGAAAAGCUGGACCUGAGCACCGCUAUGAAGCACAGCCCCUCGCGCAGCAAAAGGCUCAAGCUGCUUAAGAAAACCAUCAUGGAGGUCCGCAGUGAGAUUAGCCUGAAGCAGUCCCUCCCAACACCACCGCCCACAUCGCCAGAGUCCAGCUCGACCCCAGAGUCGGAAGAGAAGCCAGUACUCGACCCUCCAGCAGAGCCCUGUACUCCACAAGAGAAGAACUCCUUACAUCCACCAUCCUUAGAUCUACUAAAUGCACCGCUCAACAACGUAUCCGGCAGCUCAGAACUGCCCCCUGUAACGCCCACCACACCCAGCGCAGACCAGACUCCCAUGGAGCUUGAUGGUGACACGUCUACCUCAGUACCCCACGUCACCUCGGAUGGUCACACCCCGAACCCACUGCUUUUUAACGGAGACCUCGCCACUGAAACCUCUAGCACCUGCAACCGACGAACAAACAUCCUCUUCCGCAAGUCCAAGAGUGCCAGCCCACAGAAACCAGCCAAGGCCCAGGAGGUCCCCGCAGGUUCACCGCCCCCCCUCGGGGCCAAGACCUUCCUAUCGGUGGUGAUCCCUCGGUUGGAGACGCUUCUUCUGCCGAAGAAAAGAACCCGCAGCAGCAGCGCCGAUGGUGAGGAGGACGAGGGAACGCCAGUAAAGCGACUUGGCACAGGGAUGCCAAAUGGUUUUGUGAUGGAGAAGAAGGAAACCUCACCGCCACCUCGCCUGCUGGAGCCUCGCCGCCGCUGUGCCUCGGAGUCAAGCAUCUCUUCCAGUGGAAGUGUUCUGUGUGGCUCAAGCACUGUCAUAGUGAAUAAAAGUGGUAAAGGGCGACCGGCAGCUGCUCGACGGAGCACUGUGGACGACAAAAGCACCCUGAUGACCUGUGUAGAGAACGGGGAGUUCACGAAAGCUGCUAAGAUCUCCACAGAGGUGUGGAAGCCCACCGCUGCUUCUCCAUUUGUUCUGGAGCCUCUUAAACUAGUAUGGGCUAAAUGUAGUGGAUUUCCCUCCUUCCCUGCCCUGAUUGUGGACCCCACACCGCGGAGGAUGCCGUGUCAGCACAACGGGGUGGAGGUUCCCCAGCCGCCACGGGACGUUCUCAGACUCGGAGAGCGGAUGCAGUUCAGGUCCGCAGAGAAACUCUUCCUCGUCCACUUCUUCGACAGCAAGCGCAGCUGGCAAUGGCUUCCUAAGGGCAAGUUGGCUCCUUUUGGUGUCAACCAGACGGUGGACAGGCUCAAGCUGACGGAGGCUCGCACCUUCCAUGUCCGAAAAGCUGUGCGGCUCGCCUUCGACAGAGCCAUGAACCACAUGAACCGUGUCACUGGCAAACUGGAGCCGCGCGCAGACCUCACACUCUGAUCCCUCAACCCGCCCCUCCUCUGAAAAUCUCACACAAUCCAUUUCUUCACUUUGACCUUUUAGAGCCAUCUUUUAAAAAACCACCAACACAGGGACACUUCAGUUUCUGCCUCAUGCGCACAAAAAUCAAGUGUGCACACACUUAUAUUUUCCAUUUCAUGUAAACUGGAACCAGAUCAUUUUCUUUCCUCCCUGAAUAUCUGCCUUGACCUUUGUCUGAAAUACUGUAGCUUGCGACGGCUAUCUUGUUUUGUCAAAGAGCUAUGCAAUGAAAACGACUCGGUUAGCGGGUGCUAGAGGGCAGAAACAAAACUUGUCUGGCUGCGAGGACUCGAAAAUCAUAUGUCCGAACCCGCUGAAUGUGUCAGAGUUUGACCUCCGACCUCUUUAAAUGUGCUGCAAGUCUGCUGCAACAAUCUCACUGCCAUGAAAAUGUCCAUCAGUUUGUGUGUGAGACGGCAGCAGCUCCUGUAAAUAUCCUGUACAAGGCCUGACACUAAUUUAUUCACACGCUCAGUUUGUUUUGGUACAUGGUAUUCAGAUAUUUAUACAGUCGGAGGUGAUGAUCCACGUCGGCACUGGUGGUGUCGGUGUUUCUGCUGGUGCUAUCUCCACAGAGAGAAAAAACAAACAUGCAUACUGUACUGAACCUUUUUAUUUCAAGUCUUUUUUACAGUUUUUGUAAGUUAUUAAGUUCUCAAGCUUCAAGUUCUCUCGUCUGGCAUUAAUUUUUUUGCGUGAAUGUUUUUACUGGACUACAUCUUUUUUUUUGUUUGUACAUAUUUAUAUAAAAUCUAUAUAGAAACUGUUAAAGUUUAAAAUGCCUGAAGUGCAUCAUUCACACCAAAACCAAAAAAAUAUGCUGCCCACAGGUUUCUCACUAAUGUCUGUUCUUCCUUUUUUUUUUUUUUUUUUUAAUGUUUGUGUUUUGCUGGUUUUCGGCCUUCUUUUGUUUGUGUGCUGUAAUGACGUAAAUUUUUCUGUAAAACGUCACAAAAUCAUCUUUCCCACCUGAACUGGGCUACAGUCAGCUGUAGGAGAGAAGAGAAUGUGCCUGUACUAAUUUAUUGUAAAGCAGAAAUGUAUAUGCAUUACUUUAUAGAGAGAGCAUUGUAAGAAAAUACUAUGGGCACACUAGGAGCUGUAGAGGCCCCUUCUCCUCUUCUGUUGUUUUUGAGAGUUUUGUUUUUUAUUUUUUGAAUUAAUAGCAUUAAGUCUGAGAAGUGAUAGUGUGUGAUGUUUUAUUCUGCCAGGGUAGCGAUGGGUAGACUUCCUAUUUUCUUUGGUCCUUCUGGAUGUGGAUGUUGUGUGUAAAUAGAUUUGGUACUUUAGCUGAUUCUCUGGGAAAAACCACAGUUAUAGCCAACGAAGCGGAAACCAGCUAACAGCAGGCCGGUGGGAUUUUUUAUACUAAAACACUGAAAAUUAAAAUAUGUUACUGAAUCACUGA